AUGAAGGCCGGGGCGCGGAUUGCGCGCGGCACCCGUGGCGCCCCUGGCGGCCGUGCGCGCAGCGACGCGCGCCGCCUUUUUAAUCUUGGCCUGCCCCGCGGCAGCGGCAGCCUGGGUGGGGUCGCGUCGGUGCAGCGUUGCAGCAUUCCGAGAGCUGCUGACCAACCUGGCGUCGGACCUGGACUUCCGGUUGUCAGACCUCUGGGACAGCGCGCCCCCGCUCUACCAGAAUGGGCUCGUCGCCUGCAUGGGAUGUCUCCACAUUACACCUGGAACGGGCUUAACCUGUGUUCUGAAAAUAAUGAUUGGUCUCUUCGUAAACUGGAAAGCAGAACAAUGGCAAACGAAGUACUGAAAGUGCGACAAGAUUGAGAAAAUACUCGGUAUGUUAAAUGAUAAUAGUUAUGUUAUCUAUGUGGUUGCAAGAACAUCGAGUGGAAAAUGUCUGGGAGAUGGCUACGCAGUGUGUGUGGUUGCUGGUGCACAAGAUAAGUGGUGUUCGGCAUUCCGUGAAUCUGCAUGACAGUAAUCGUUGAUGAGAGUUGAUCGGACUUCUGAAGUGGAGGAAAGAGAGACAAAUUUCUUGUCACAUUGACUGCCGGGUUAGCAGAUAUUAAAAAUGGAAAUAAAACCCAUAAUAAUUGACAAAUCAGCGGCAGUUGACACUUUAACA